GACAUACACUUGUCCAGAAGCCCAGAUAUUGAGAGCAUUUCUUAAACAUUGCCCCUCGAAAGACACCAUCACCAUGCCUCAGUUCAAACCAGGACAGACGGUGACUUACAAGCCCGUCGGCGGCCCCGACUCGAACACUCCCGAGUCAACCGGCGUCAUCAAGUCAGUGCUGACGGAGCCCGGAGUCCAAGCCGAGCGCAACGUCCAGGCGAGCCCGGAUAACCCUCGGUACGAGAUUGAGAACAGCAACACGGGGAAGACUACUACUGUCUACGAAGCCAACGUUCUGGGCCGUGCGUGAUUCCGGUGAGGGCAAGGACAUGGGUGGUGAGGU